AUGGGUACAUUGUGUUUUUGCUGCGCCCAAAUUCAGUUCUUAUUAAAAUUGACACGUCCUAUCCCAAAACAUGUAGUAAAACGAUCGGCUGUUGAUUUGGCGUACAAAAUCCACGGGAGACGGCCCACCGACGGUAUUCCUGUGAUCGUCCUCCAUGGACUACUUGGGUCUAAAAGAAACUGGGACACCAUGUCGAAGAAUAUUUCUCAUGGGCUGAAUAGAUCCGUAGUUGCUGUGGACAUUCGAAACCACGGUGAUAGUCCUCAUGUGAACUCGCACACUUACGCUGAAUUAGCUGAAGAUGUGGUGAAACUACUGGGAAAGUUGUCUGUCAGUAAAGCCGAUUUAAUUGGCCACAGCAUGGGCGGGAGAACGGCCAUGGUGUUGGCGCUGUCUGAGCCCUCAAAAAUAUCACAUUUAGUAGUGGUUGACAUAUCUCCGGUAUCCACAGCUGGUAUUUUGAACGAUUUUUUCCCAAAACUGAUUGAUGUUAUGAAAUCCUGCAACAUCGAGAGCCAACCCGACGAGGCGGCCGCCAAAAAUGUGGCGAAAGAGAAAAUUUAUGCUUCAGGAAUAGUGCCUCCUAACGCUCCUAUACAUUUUAUCCUGAUGAACAUAGGGACCCGUGCGAAUAAAGUAGCUUGGAAAUGCAAUUUGGACGUGUUAAAGCAUCAUUUUACAGAUAUCGCGUCGUUUCCUAGCGAAAUGGCGGGAAAGACAUUUGAUGGUCCUACGUUGUUCGUUGGAGGACGUAAUUCAAAUUAUAUUCCGCCUGACGACAUAACUGGAAUCAAAGGCUUCUUCCCGAAAGCCGAUUUAGUAUAUGUACAAGGAGUAGGCCACAAUCCUCAUGCCGAAGAUCCUAAUGCGUUCUUCAACAUCGUCACAAAUUUUUUGUCAAAGUGA